UACCGCCGAGGUCUCAUCAUCUCCUUCGCUUCUUCUUCUUCUUCUUCUUCUUCUUCUUCUUCUUCUUCUUGUACUCUGUCUCAAUCCGCCGCCGUUGCCCGCCGCCUUUCUUCUGCAGUUUACGAUGGCUCGUACCAAGCAAACCGCCCGCAAAUCCACCGGAGGGAAGGCUCCCAGGAAGCAGCUGGCCACCAAGGCCGCUAGGAAAUCUGCUCCGGCAACCGGAGGAGUGAAGAAGCCUCACAGAUUCAGGCCCGGAACCGUCGCCCUGAGGGAAAUUCGCAAGUACCAGAAGAGCACCGAACUCCUCAUCCGGAAGCUUCCGUUCCAGCGCCUCGUUCGUGAGAUCGCUCAGGAUUUCAAGACGGAUCUGAGGUUUCAGAGCAGCGCCGUUGCAGCACUUCAGGAAGCGGCAGAGGCUUACCUCGUUGGUCUCUUUGAGGACACCAAUCUGUGCGCCAUCCACGCCAAGAGGGUGACGAUCAUGCCGAAGGACAUCCAAUUGGCCAGGCGGAUCAGGGGCGAGCGUGCUCCCUUCGCCCUUCUUCUACUGUCUACGAUGGCUCGCACCAAGCAAACCGCCCGCAAAUCCACCGGAGGGAAGGCCCCCAGGAAGCAGCUGGCCACCAAGGCCGCCCGAAAAUCCGCGCCGGCGACCGGAGGAGUCAAGAAGCCUCACAGGUUCAGGCCCGGAACCGUCGCCCUGAGGGAAAUCCGCAAGUAUCAGAAGAGUACCGAACUUCUCAUCCGAAAGCUACCCUUCCAGCGUCUCGUCCGUGAGAUCGCUCAGGAUUUCAAGACCGAUCUGAGGUUUCAGAGCAGCGCCGUUGCAGCACUUCAGGAAGCGGCAGAGGCUUACCUCGUUGGUCUCUUUGAGGACACCAACCUGUGCGCCAUCCACGCCAAGAGGGUGACGAUCAUGCCGAAGGAUAUCCAAUUGGCAAGGCGCAUCAGGGGCGAGCGCGCUUGAUCGCGUACAACGGGAGCAUGUUCGUGCCUGGCGAAGUUUAGUUUUGCUAGGGUUUCCCGUCCUUUUUUUCUGUUUGCGUUUUGGGGUUGGAAAUGGCUGUUCCUCCCCUCGGAGGAGCCGAUCGUUGGUCGGAUUGCUUGAACUUUGUAACUAUAACUGAUGACAUUUCUUGAAUGAAUCAUCUUUAGCCAAAAA